CAACCGGGCGGAAGCACGCUUGUCUCUUUCCGGGGGAGGCUGCGAGCCACGUGAAGCAGGGAACUCUCGCCGUCGCAAGGCAAUGUCCGCCUGGCCCCUGCCGCCGACUUUCCCUGGCUGGGCCGCCUACGGGCACUGGCCGCCGCGCCCGCCAGGAGGAAUCUGCCAUUAUGGUGAAGAAUGGCAAGUGGAACAAAGAGGACAGCAACGUUUCAGAGCUUAUCAACAGAACUACAAGCAGAAGAACAAGAAGAGGAAAGAACCAGUUUUUACUCAUUAUUGUGACACGUGUGAUCGUGGCUUUAAAAACAAGGCGAAGUAUGAGGAGCAUCUCUCUCAGCACAAGCAGUGUACAGAAGAUGGGUGUAGCUUCAGUGCACAUGAAAAAUUGGUUCACAUCCACUGGAAGAAUAUGCAUUCUCCUGGAGCCAAACGAAUCAAGUUAGAUACUCUUGAGGAGAUUGCUAAAUGGAGGGAAGAAAGAAAAAAAAAUUUCCCUACUUUGGCGAACAUUGAAAAAAAGAAAGCGCUGCAGAUGGAAAAGGAGCAGAGAGGAGAGGUGCUGAGCACGCUGCAGUUUGGCAAGAUGAAGGGGAUGUGGAAGCCCUCCCAAGGCGAGACGUCGCAGCAGUGCGGGACAGGAGGGCGGCAGAGAGAUGGCUUCAGGACCACAUCUCAGGGUGUGCCGGGUCCUGCCACUCUUCCCCUGAACGCUGCAGGUCUGACCGACCGUGGGAGCGAGCCGGGAGCCGGAAGGGAGCCUGCUGGGAAAGCCCAGGCCUCUGUGAGAGACGAAGAUCCCCUCGGCCUUUUGGCUGCCUGCGAUUCUGAUUCAGACAAAGAAGCAGGAGCUGCAGAAGACGCCUCCGCAGGCGUGACUGUCAUUCCCAAGCAGAUAACCUCUGCGUUGAGCUCCCUGGUGGCCAGUUACGGCAGCAUGUCGGAAAGCGAGAGUGAGGAAGGUGAAGAGCCCAUCCAGACUGCAGCAAAAGUACUUGCUGAAAAUCAGGCUGUUCUCAGAAGUAUCCAUCAGCCUUCCAAUGUCCCCCAUACCUAUGAAGACACAGGCCGUCAAGAAGCCCCUCCCCGUGGAGUGGAAAAGUUGGGGGAAUCAAAUCCACGCACGGAACACACCAGAGGACCCAGCCGACGGAGGAAGACGCUUUGGGAGUUGCCAAAACGCCGUCCAACACUGCUAGAAAUGCUGCUUGCCAAGGACAUUCGGCAUGAAAGGAACGUGAUUUUGCAGUGCAUCCGCUAUAUCGUCCAAAAUAUGUUCGGACACCAUGCGCGGGCUGUUUCAGCAGGAAGACUGGAGACUGGGGACACUCCUCAAGAUAUGGAGGGGCUCUUUCCAGGCGGGCAGGAGGAAUCCAGCUCCUGUUGUGGUUUUGACCAUCAGUCAGCAGAACAGAAUGGAUUGGUUGGACGGAGCAAGGAUGCAGCCCUGUCUCGGACAUCACAGACUCCUCGUGCUGUGGAGGAGGUGUUGGAAACCACGGAAAUCCAUUAGGAAGGACCCUGACGCAGUUGUGGGGGGCCGGAAGGUCCGUGUCUCAUUUCAGGGCUUAUGCUUAAAAGGUGAUCAGACGGCUCAUUAAAAACAGCUUUUGUGCUGUGAACAUACGUCUAUUUAUGGGCAACUCCCAAAGGCUUUGGAGGGCAACCCUUUUGAUCUUAAAAGUAUUUUUCCUGUGGUUUUUCUGUUUACAUUUCAUAAAUUAAA